UUAUCCAAACAUUUCGGUACGCAAAAAGCAGUAGAUAAUUUGUCCUUUGAAGCUCAUCCAGGGCAAAUAUUAGGUUUUUUGGGCCCAAAUGGUGCUGGCAAAACGACUACGAUGAAAAUGUUGUGUUGCUAUACAGAGCCUACGGAAGGUACUGCAUCUGUAGAAGGUUAUGAUGUAAAAACAUCUCCACUUCUAGUCAGAAAACAAAUUGGUUACUUGCCAGAACAUAAUCCAUUGUAUGAGGAGAUAAGUCUUAUCAAAGAACUUGGUAAAGAAAAAACAGUUAUCUUUUCAUCACACAUCAUGCAAGAAGUACAAGCUUUAUGUGAUAGGGUAGUCAUCAUAAAUAAUGGAAAUUUAGUAGCAGACGAGUCCAUUGAUACUUUGAGAAACAGAAUGGAAGGCAAUAGAUCUGUUAGAGUAGAAUUUGCCCAAAAA